ACAAAAAGCUUGUUUCUAUCUAAAUGUUUCUCUCUAACAGGAGCCAAAUCAGACCCUUCUAGCACCCACUGACAUCCAACUAAUUGAACAAACAUGAUUAAAAGAUCCUCUUUCUUAUGCUCUUUGGAGAUCCUAAUAUCUUCUUUUUAAGUCCUGUUUACCUUGCAUAUCUAUUAUCUAAAUCUAUCUCCAAAUAGCCCUUGUGACAACCAACGCAAUCUAACAUCAAAACCUUGAGAGAAAGAUCAAAAUGAGGUUACUAGGUUGGAUGCACAAUAAAAUACGGCAGAGUAGCAUUGAGCCAUUCAAGGAUUUUACAAUAGGGAACUAUUGUGCUUGCCUUUCAGCCAAGUCACCCCUUGAUGACAAAAUCUCCCACAUAAGACCAAGGUUCGACUCCAGACAUCAGGCAUGUGAAAAUACUUUAUCUGAAGUUGAAGCCAGGAAAGCAGAAGGUAAUUAUGAAGAUGAAACAGCUAUGGUCAUGCCUGAACUUUUUCAUGGUUUUCUUGCUAUUGGAACUCUUGGUUCAAAACAAGUCAACAGUGAGCCAGCAACACCAACAUUUCCCAUGUCUUUGGAGAGCAUAGCAAAUGAAAAAAUAGAGGUGACAACGAAUGACUUGAGGGUCAUCAAGGACGAAAUAGAAAAGUUUCUUGACACUGAAGCUGAAGCUGAAGUAGAUGGUUACAAUGAAUCAUUGGGAAGGAGCAGUUAUGUUAGCACUAUUACAAUCAGCGGCAUGCAAAUGGAGGAAGCCAAUGUUGAUGAUUAUGGAAAUACUGCACUUUGUCCACUUCAAGGAUAUCUAUUUGGGUCAUCAAUAAGACUUCCAGAAACAACAGUUGACUUAAAGAAGGAAAAAGUAUCACUGGGGGAGAUGUUUCGUAGGACAAAGCUUACAGAUGAAACUUCUGCAGAAUCUGAAGGGAAAGGAGAGAUGCAUGCCAAGCAAGCACAUAAAUCCGCUAAAAACCUCAUCAAAAAGAUACUAAGAAAGUUUCAUGCUUCAAGAAGCCCUGCCUCUUCUUCCACUAAUGAUGCUACCAAUUCUGUUUCAACCAAGAAAAAGCUUAAUAAGGUACUAAGAAUGUUACAUAGAAAAGUCCAUCCUGAAAACUCUUUAGCUGAAAAAGAGUUCACUAAGUUCCAUGAAGAGAAGAUUAAGACUCUGGAUCACAAUGCAGACCUGGUGCACCAGAAUGAAGACAACAGAAAAUUUCUUCUAGGAUCCAAGUCAAUGGAAAGGCUACAAUGCUACAAGAACAAUUUGAAACUAUCCCAGUAUGGUCUGAGUGGAAGUAACUCGAGUGGAAAUGGGGAAUACUGGAUCAAAACAGAUGCAGACUACUUGGUGUUGGAGCUGUAGCAAAGGAGCAAAAACACGUUAUGGUGUUUGAUGGAUAUCAUCUAUGUUAUUAUGUAUUUGUGAGUGAUAUAGUAGUGAUAACUCAAGGAGAUGGACAGAGUAUGAGGUAUCUAUUAUUUCCUUGUGUAACAAUAAAAGUGUGGUUGCUUAUUGUAAAGUAACAUUUCUAAUUUAGUAAUCGUGAGCUGGCCUAUUUGCAAGUGUCA